AUGCUUCAAAUGCGCAAAGGAGUUUUUCCUGCCUUUGUUGCUCCAUAUGAAAGCCUUGGCUCUUCUGGUCUCGUACCGAUGACGGGCUCCUCAUUCAGUUAUCAGUUCCGUUUUAUUUUAAUCGGUGAUAGUACUGUCGGGAAAUCGUCCCUCCUUCAGUACUUUUGCGAGGGUAAACUAUCCUCCUUAGCUGAGCCCACUGUGGGUGUUGAUUUCUCCACACGUAAUGUAGUGCUUUCCAAUGGUAUAGUGAUUAAGCUUCGCCUCUGGGAUACGGCUGGUCAGGAGAAGUUUAAAUCAAUCGCUCGAUCAUACUACCGCAAUGCUGUGGGUGCUCUCUUGAUUUUUGACAUCACCAAUCGCACCUCAUUUGAACACAUUAUGGGUUGGUACGAGGACGCUGCAACUAACAUGAAAUGUCAAUCCCCCAUGUUCCUUCUCUGUGGACAAAAGUCAGAUCUGGAGAGCCAUCGAGAGGUGGCAAGGUCGGAAGCAGAGGCUCUGGCUCAGAGUCUUGGAAUUCCCUAUAUUGAAACCUCAGCUUUGCAAGGUCACAACGUUGAAGUGGCGUUCAAAUCCCUCACGGAAGCCGUCUAUCAACAGAUGCAGGCCGGGGCGUUUAGGAAUCUGGGAACUGUGAGCGGAUGGGAUGGUAUCAAGGAGGGCUACGAUAUGCCUACCCAAGCGAGCAGAACACGAGUAACGCUGGUUGACGACAGACCGCCUUCAUCGUCAUGCUGCUAG